AAGCGUAAAAAGGGCGAACUGCGCAUGAUGUUCCUGUCACAACUCGAAACGCAUCGAAAAAAAACGGGUUGGACGUGGUCCGGAGGUCAGACGCCAUUUUUCUCUUCGUUUUUAGUUGUGCUUGGAAGGAAAUUGUGUUUUUUGUUGUUGUAAAUUGUUUGCUGAAGGCUUUCGAUUAGAAAGAAAGAAAGAGUGAAGAUGCCGGGCUUUAGCAGCGCGGGUACGUUCAAAAUCUUUAUCGGAAAUCUCGCCGAGAAAACCAGCGUGUCGGAGCUACGACCGCUGUUCGAAAAAUACGGCAAAGUGGUGGAAUGCGACGUGGUGAAGAAUUACGGGUUCGUCCAUAUGGAAAACGAGUCGGAGGGUCGCGAGGCGAUCCAAAAUCUGAACGGGCAAAUGUUGAAUGGGCAGUCGAUGAAGUGCGAGGCGGCGAAGAGUCGGAAGGCGCCCCAGACGCCGACCACGAAGAUCUUCGUCGGUAAUUUGACGGAUAACACGAAAGCGCCGCAGAUCCGGGAGUUGUUCAAAAAGUUCGGGACCGUCGUCGAGGCGGACAUCGUGCGUAAUUAUGGUUUCGUGCACCUCGAGUCCUCCGGCGACGUGAACGAGGCGAUCAAAGAAUUAAAUGGGAUGAUGGUGGAUGGGCAACCGAUGAAAGUACAAAUAUCGACGAGUCGCGUGCGCCAACGGCCGGGCAUGGGGGACCCGGAACAAUGUUACCGCUGCGGCCGAGGCGGGCAUUGGUCGAAAGAGUGUCCCAAGGGAAUGGGCCCGGACAGGUUUCGGGAACGGAUGUUCGGCCCCCGGGAUCCGUAUCCGCCACCGCCCCCGCCGCCCUUCCUACGCGACCGCAUGAUGGCACGUUUUGGGGACGCCUACGAUGGAUACUACGAUCGUCGUUUCCCGGAGGACGCCAGAGACCUCUACGAGCGUCGAUACGCCGGGAUGCCGUCUCGCGGCGAAAUGGGCCUCCGGGGCAGCAGAGACUUUCUGCCCCCGCCGUUGCCUCCGAGGAGGGAGCCGCUGCCCCCGAUGCCCUCGAUCGGGCUGAGGGGGACCUCGUCGAGCGCCCUCAGCGCCAGAAUGAGCGAAUCCGCCGGUUUCUCCAGGAGUUCGUCCGAUUACGGAAUGUUCAGUCGACGGUCUCCGCCGCCCACGAGCAGUAUGGCCGCGUCGCGAAUGAGCAGGAUGUACGAGGAUUUUAGUAGAGACACUUUCGAUGAUAGAAGGCCGACAAUGAGAGGACCGUCCCCGCCCAGACGAUAUGCACCAUAUUGAUGAAAAGAAGAAAAAACUAACCUGGAUCUUUGAAAUUUAUCAUAUUGAGCUUUAAAGUACAGAUGGUUUUUGAAAUUGUAAUUUUUUUUUUAGACUUAAUUUAAGAGUUUGUAUGUUGUGCUUAUGAAUACUUUAAUUUUGUCCAUUCUUUAUCCUACAUUGAUUAAUUUAAUGUAAUUUUUUUAUGAGAUUUACGAAUGGUAUUUGACGUGUAAUUAAAGUGACAGCUGAUAUAUUAUAAUUAGUGACCAAAUUACUUUUAUAUGAUAUUGUCUUUUUUUUCAUUUAAUUUGUAACUUGUAGUAGGUAAUAAACUACUUGAGAAAUGAAUUUUA